CACACUGCAGCAGAGGCCAGCAGCGAGUGCACACUUUCUUUUACACAGAACAGGAAGUUGACGUGACCUGACAUCGAGAUGGCAACAAAGGGUGUCGGCAUGGCUAACAAGGGUCCAUCCUACGGCCUGAGCCGGCAGGUUCAGGAUAAAAUCGACAGCAAGUACGACCCUGAUCUGGAGCAGAUCCUGGUGGAGUGGAUCACCCGUCAGUGUGGCUCUGGUGUGGGGAGGCCUGAGGCUGGAAAGCUGGGCUUCCAGGCCUGGCUGAAGGAUGGAUGUAUCCUGAGUGAACUUAUCAACAGCUUGUUCGCUGGAGACAAACCCGUGAAGAAGAUCCAGAGCUCGCCCAUGGCCUUUAAACAAAUGGAGCAGAUCUCGCAGUUCCUCAACGCUGCGGAGAAGUAUGGCGUCACCAAGACUGACAUGUUCCAGACUGUGGACCUGUGGGAAGGUAAGGACCUGGCAGCGGUGCAGAGGACCCUCUCAGCCCUGGGCAGCUUGGCCGUCACAAAGGACGAAGGCACAUACAACGGAGACCCCAACUGGUUCUUCAAGAAAGCACAAGAGAACAAGCGGGAUUUCAGCGACGAGCAGAUCAAGGCGGGAAAAAACGUGAUCGGCUUGCAGAUGGGGUCCAAUAAGGGAGCCAGUCAGGAGGGAAUGAGCUACGGAAGACCCCGACAGAUUCUGUAAAACUCCUGAGCCACAAAUACGCAAAACCUCUUUAGCCUCCUUUUUUUUUACCCCAAAACAUCCGAUUUGUUCUUUCAGAACCUCUACAUGUCUGCCUGGUUUGUAACAACUCCCUGCUCCUCUUUGGAAUAAAGGGAUUUCCUUAAAAAAAACUAGCAUCCUCUUUAAUCCAGAGGCUCUUAAACACAAGCUUACACCGGUGAACUCACCAUGCUUUGUCCUUCAGCUACAGAAACUGAGUGCCUUCCGACGCAGUGAAAACAUUAUUAAUGCUGAAACACAUUUGAUUUCUUCUUUAAUGGUUUAAAGUUUAACAAAAAAAACUGCAGUUUACUCAAAAUGGACCAGAUUCAUCUUUGAUUUGUGUUGGAUUUAUUACAGUUUUGUUGCAAUGACUUAUAUAAUUUUUAUAUAAUUUUUUUUCCUACUUACAAUUUAGCAAAAUGCAUUCUUUUCUAAAAAAUAAUUCUAAAUUUAAAAAAUAAUUCAUAGUGUGCCAUUAAUCUAGUUUUAUUAAUACUCUUGUGUUUCUUCCCACUUGGCUACGCCUGCUGUAACAGUGCCAAUCAUUUUUGUACAAAGGUCUUAUUAAAUAUUGAGUUUUAAAAAAUGA